AUGGGAGAACACAUAUCAUUGGACGAGCAGUACCCGUUGGCUGACUCCGCUUCGGCGGACAAUUCCGCGCCAGCCCCAAAACGCCGGAAGCUACGCAAGGGAACAGCCUCGUGCUGGGAGUGUAAGCGGCGGAAAGCGAAAUGUAUCUUCUCCGAUGAUCUCGGUAUUUGCGAUUCUUGCAAGAGACGUGGUACAGACUGUGUGAGUCAGGAAUCUGAGAAGCCGCCUGAAGUUGGAAGCAAUAAGCAUAUCGUAGAUCGGCUUGGAGAAGUUGAAGCCUUGGUGCAGCAUCUUCUAAAGAAUGUUCAAUCCGACAGGCGCUCCCUGGACGGAUUGGUUUCGCCGUCGAGCUCGGUAUCGAGAAGAGGAAAUGAAGAUGGAGAUAGACGUUCAAAGUCACCCGCUGUCGUUAACUCCAAUGCCACUUCACAAGAUGAUGCUUCCGUCUCGAUCCACCCCAUAGACCUUACACCGCAAUCCGAGAUAUCACCAUCGUCUCAGAUUCACGAUGACCCAGGACCCCACGACGCUGUAUACCGAGCACUGAUAUCUGCUUGGCCAAGCCCAGAAGACAUGAAAAUCAUCAUGAGCGUCCCGGUCGAAUCCUCGCAAAUCAUCAGGGCAAUGACAUGCGCACCGCCGAAAGAACGCGGCUCGAGACUUCCAUCUCCAUCUAGCUUGCUUCGCUUACCACCACGAGGAUCUCAUCCUGUUCUCGUCGCUCGAAAAAUGCUCGUACUCGCCACCUUUCUGCAAGGCACUCUCAUUUCAUCAGAGAAGCACCUUGAAAAGCUCAGUACGAGCUAUGAGAACAUCAUGGCUUGUAUAGUCAAAGUCGCACAUGAUCACGUCACCUGUAACGAUGAUCUCGUUUCCUCGCUUGAAGGCAUAGAAUGCGUCAUGCUUGAGGGUCUUUAUGAGAAUUAUGCAGGCAAUCUUCGUCGAUCAUGGCUUGCAGCUCGUCGUGCCGUCAUGAUAGCACAAAUUUUGGGCCUCAACAAAGGCAUUGUUCCAUCAUCGAUAAGAGGUGCUGCCGUUGAACCAGACGAUCUAUGGUUCCGCGUGAUCAACCUCGAUCGAUAUCUUUGUCUGAUGCUAGGUCUGCCACAAAGUGCUCCUGACGAACCGAUUGGUAACCUUGAUGCACUUGACUCUUAUUCAGCAAACCGGAAGAUGCAACAUCUCUGCUCAAUUGCCUGCGCUCGGUUAUUGAGUAGACGAACAACCAAUAUUUUUGAUCAAUCACUCACGAGAGAAAUCGACAAGCUACUUCGAGAUGCAUGUACAUCUAUGCCGGCCCAGUGGUGGAUCAUGCCCAAUCUCUCCUCCCACUACGACCUCGCCGAUAAAAUCAGCGAGACUCUCCGUUUCAACGACCAUUUCAUGCAGUAUCACCUUCUCUUACAACUUCAUAUGCCAUAUCUACUGAAGGUCGAUGGUGGAGAAGAGUGGAAGUACAACAAGUUGACGGCUGUAACAGCAAGUCGAGAGAUCCUGACGCGUUUCGUAUCCAUCCGCACAAUUCCUCAGUCACGAUAUCACUGCCGUGGGACAGAUUUAAUCGCCUUCAUGUCAUGCACGGCUUUAACGAUCGCCCAUAUCCUUUGUGAUGAGCGUCACAAAAGGAUUGAGGAACAGGGUUUUCACUUCCUUACACAACAGCGAUUGAGUGAUCGUGGGCUCAUCGAACAAGUGCUGAAAAUAGCACAAGACGGUUUGCACAGAAUGGAUGAUGAUAUUUCGAAGAGAUUAAUAACUCUACUGCACUAUCUUCUAGCCAUUGAGGAUAAUGUGACAGCUGGGGUGCGCUAUAGUGUUUGUUUUGCCAAAGAAUCGAUCAAGGAUGGGAAUUUGGGUCAUCAUGUCAAAGCCAGUGACGAUGGAACGGUUCUCGACAUUCAUCUUCCUAAUCUUCCUAUGAUCAAGAUUGUGCGGCGGGAUCCCUAUGGAACGGAAAGGCCACCUGUCACAAUGGAACUUCCUUGGGGCAAUAUACCAUUGGACCAGCCAGGGCCAGGGAAUGCCUUCGGAAAUGAUCAUUCGAUUGAUCCUAUCCCUUCAUCAUUACAUAGAACAAGAGAAGGAGAAAGUGCGAGAACAGAUCUGGAUGAGCCCUCUGCUCUGCAGGAUAACCCAGGGGCAGAUUCGUGGACGUUGGAGGGUUUGGAUAUGAGCUUUCUUGACAACUGGGUAGAAGGGCCAGUUUUCGUCUAA